UGUGCAAAUGUACCAGAAUGCAGUUAUAGAAAAAGGUAAUUUACUAGAUAUACUCCCCAUUAUAUGUGAUUAAGUUAAUUGUAUCAUCUCCCAAUUGGGUUUAAAAAUCUGACAAAGUUCAUUCACAUUUGGUGAUAAUUAUUACACUAGACUUUAAAAAAACAAAUCUCACAUCAGAUAUACUCGGGCAUUCUCUCUCUUCCCGUAGCUAGAUUUUUUUCAUAGCAAAAUGCCAAUAAAUAAAGGCAGCAAACAAAGAUCAAACGCUUGGAGGAAUCAUUCACCAUUUUUCUCUGUUCUGUUCUGCUUUGCCCCUCCUUUCUCCCAAUGACUACUCACCAUUCUCUCUCUUUCCAACUCUGAGCCUCGCUCGUUAGCUAGGCUCCCUGUCUCUUCUCGGAGACCCACAAAACCAUUUCUUAUUUAUUUCCUUCUCAAACAAAGAACUUCUAUUUCCCCUUGCUGCUCACUGCUCACUGCUCAGAUCUAUUAUUACUCAAGUCACAACCUUUUUGUUCCGUUGGCGGUGUGAGAGAUGAGUAAAGAAGAAUUCUUGAAGAUACAGAAAUGUGUUCUUAAAGUGAACAUACACUGUGACGGGUGCAAGCACAAAGUGAAGAAAAUCUUGCAGAAAAUUGAUGGGGUGUUUACCACAGAGAUAGAUGCUGAACAAGGGAAGGUGACGGUUUCAGGGAAUGUGGACCCCAACGUUCUCAUCAAGAAGCUUACAAAAUCAGGGAAACAUGCAAAACUCUGGGGUGCACCUAAACCCAACAACAACAAUAAUCAUAAUCAUAAUAACCAGAACCACCUUGCCGACCAGUUUAAGAACAUGCAUAUUAACCACCACAAAGAUGCUGGAGGAAAUCACAACAACAAAGGCCAGCAUCAGAUUCAGAACCAACCCAAAGGUGGUGGUGGAAAUAACCAACCCAAAGGAGGUAGUGGUGGUGGUGGUGGUCAACAACAAGGACCAACUCCUCAGCAACAACUUCAGCUGCAGCUCCAACAGCAGCAACGGCUACAGCAACAGCUGGAACAACUUCAUCGGAUGAAAGGACUUCAAGAUCUGAACCUCCCUCAAUUCAAGGACCUGAAACUAACCCCUCACAAUCCCAAUCUCAACCCCAACGCCAAAGCCGUUAAGUUUGAUAUCCCUGAGGAAGAUGACGACUUCACCGACGACGAAUUGGAUGAUUUUGACGAUGACUUCGACGACUUUGACGACGACUUCGAUGAUGAUGAAAUGGACGACCUUCCUCCUAGUAAAAUGAAACUACCGCCCAUGAUGAUGAAUGCUCCUCCCAAGGGUGCCAGUAAUGGCGGUGAUGGGAAGAAAGGAGGAGGACCCGUUCCUGUUCCUGUUCAGGUGCAUGGAAUCCCCGGCAAUGGAGGAGGAAAGAAAGGUGGUGGUGGUGGUGGAAACAAUCAGAACCAAGGUGGAGGUAACAAAAACAAUGGUGGUAAAAAUGGAGGUGGUGCACCGGAGGGUAAACAUGGUGGUGGUGGUGGAGGAGGAAACAAGAAUGGUAACGGUAACAAUGGAGCGGGUAACAACAAUAACAACGGGGGUAAAAAAGGAAAUCCAAUGGGUGGAGUUGGUGUUCAACCUAUGAACGGUGGAUUUCAAAACAUGGGUGGUGAUGGUGGUCCCCAGGUUAUGAUGUCUGGGCGUAAUGUGGGGCCCAUGAGCAUGCCAAUGCCCAACAUCCCCGCCGUUCAAGGGCUUCCGGCCGGCCCCGUCAACGGCGGUGGGUACUUUCAAGGCGCAGGUCCCGAAGCCAUGCCCGGAAACCCAUUCCACCAGCAACAGCAGCAGCAGCAGCAGCAACAACAGUUACAGCAACAGCAACAGUACAUGGCUGCGAUGAUGAACCAACAACGCGCAAUCGGAAACGACAGAUUCCAGCCAAUGAUGUACGCGCGGCCCCCUCCUGCUGUCAAUUAUAUGUACCCUCCAUACCCUUACCCUCCUCCAGAUCCCUACACCCACUUUUUCAGCGAUGAGAACACCUCAAGCUGCAAUGUUAUGUGAGUCAUGGAUCCGAUGCUGGCGGUGCAAGCUUCUGAUUUCUAAUGCAAAUGAGUUUUUAAAUUCUAUUAUGAUUUUCCAUUUUUCCUUCAUCCCCUUUAUUCCUCUAAGUUAAAAUUAGGGGUUUAGUUCACCAUAGGGGGACUAGUUUAUAGAUUUUAUGAUACUAUCAUUAUUAUUAUUGUUAUAAGAUUUUGAGUAGUAGUAGUACUGUGAUAAGGUAAUAUGUCUAUAUGUGUUUAUAUGUUGCAAACAGAAAUAAAAAUCAUUUCAGAAUAGUUCAAAA